AAGGGGGGCCUCUCUUGUUUUCCCUUAGGGUUGCAAUCCCCUUGCCCAAACUGGCCGGAGCAGACUGCAGAAUCAGAGAGCUGCCUUGAACCAGCAGAUCCUGAAAGCCAUGCGGAUGAGAACGGGAGCAGAGAACCUUCUGAAAGCAGCCACAAACCAAAAGGUGCGGGAGCAGGUGCGCCUGGAACUGAGCUUCUUGAACUCAGAUCUGCAAAUGCUCAAGGAAGAGCUGGAGGGGCUCAACAUCUCGGUGGGAGUCUAUCAGAGCACAGAGAAGGCGUUUAUAAUUCCCCUGAUUCCACUCGGCUUGAAGGAGACCAAGGAUGUUGACUUUUCCGUUGUUCUCAAGGAUUUUAUUCUGGAGCAUUACAGUGAAGACAGCUACCUCUAUGAAGAUGAAAUAGCAGACCUCAUGGAUCUGAGACAAGCCUGUCGGACGCCCAGUCGCAGUGAGGCCGGGGUCGAGCUGCUGAUGAGUUACUUCAUCCAGCUGGGUUUUGUCGAGAGCCGAUUCUUCCCGCCCACCCGACAGAUGGGGAUCCUGUUUACAUGGUAUGACUCUCUCACUGGGGUUCCGGUUAGCCAACAGAACUUGCUGCUGGAGAAGGCCAGCGUUCUGUUUAAUAUUGGAGCCCUCUACACACAGAUCGGGACCCGGUGCAACCGACAGACAGAAGCUGGGCUGGAGAGUGCAGUGGAUGCCUUUCAGAGAGCCGCAGGAGUCUUAAACUACUUGAAAGAGACAUUUACUCACACUCCGAGUUACGACAUGAGUCCCGCUAUGCUCAGUGUGCUGGUCAAAAUGAUGCUCGCACAAGCCCACGAAUGCACGUUUGAGAAAGUCUGCCUUCCCGGGAUCCAGAACGAGUUCUUCGUGCUGGUGAAGGUGGCUCAGGAGGCUGCCAAGGUGGGAGAGGUCUAUCAGCAGCUGCACACAGCCAUGAACCAGGAGCCGGUGAAGGAGAACAUCCCCUACUCCUGGGCCAGCCUGGCCUGCGUGAAGGCCCACCACUACGAAGCCCUCGCCCACUACUUUGCAGCCACCCUCCUCGUCGACCACCAGCUGAAGCCUGGCACAGAUGAGGACCACCAGGAGAAGUGCCUGUCCGAGCUCUAUGACCACAUGCCAGAGGGACUGACACCCUUGGCCACGCUGAAAAACAUUCACCAGCGCCAACAGCUGGGCAAGGCGCACCUGUGCAGAGCCAUCACCCACCACGAGGAGUCCAUGAGAGAGGCAAGCCUGUGCAAGAAACUCCGGAACAUCGAGGUGCUGCCAGAGGUGCUGUCUGCGGCACACCAGCGGUCCCAGCUCAAGUACACUCAGCUUCGUGAGGACGAUGACCUGCUGGACUUGAUGGACGCCCCCAGCAUCAUCUCUAAAGCUGAGAAAGAGGUUGAAAUUAUACUGCCCCAGUUCUCCAAAGUGACAGUAACGGACUUCUUCCAAAAGCUGGGCCCUUUAUCUGUGUUCUCGGCUAACAAGAGAUGGACGCCUCCUCGAAACAUUCACUUCACUGCAGAGGGAGGGGACUUGGGGUUCACCCUGAGAGGGAACUCCCCAGUUCAAGUCCACUUCCUGGAUCCAUCCAGCUCUGCUGCGGAGGCAGGCGCCAGGGAAGGGGAUUAUAUUAUUUCCAUUCAAAAUGUGGAUUGUAAGUGGCUGACACUGAGUGAGGUGAUGAAAUUGCUGAAGAGCUUUGGCGAGAACGGCAUUGAGAUGAAGGUCGUGAGCCUCCUCGACUCCAUGUCGUCCGUGCACAGUAAGUGUGCCACAUUCUCGGUGGGAAUGCAGAAAACCUACUCCAUGAUCUGCUUAGCCAUAGAUGACAAUGAUAAAACGGAUAAAAACAAGAAAGUCUCAAAAAAGCGUUCAUUUUUGAGCUGGAGCAUCAACAAGAACAGACAGAAGUCGGUGAGCACCCUGUGCCUCCCGUCGGUCGGGGUCCCGGGGCCUCCGGUCAAGAAGAAGCUCCCGUCUCCGUUCAGCCUUCUCAACAGCGACAGCUCCUUGUACUAAUUAAUGUGAGGAAACUAGGACGUUUCCAGGACAGACUGGGCCUCCGUAUCUGUGCCUUAAAGGAAAAUUUCUAAAUAGUCUCAAAUCCCAUUUUCUCACAGUGUAGACCUACAACUGAUAUGUCUUUAUGAGUGAAAGUAACAAGAAACCUCUAGAUAUUUGUGGAAAACAAACUUAUUUGGCGAGUCUCACCACAUUGCUACAAGUUAUUUAUUACAUAAGGUAUUGUAAAUAGAAUUACUUUGAAAGUAUGGCUGUUUUUAAUGACUUUUAGUCACUUACUAUCAUAGUUAAAUUUGGACUACCUGUAUUAGUCCUGUUUGUAACUUUCCAGACUUGGGUAAUAGAUAAUUUCUUGACUCAGAAUUCAGAUGACCCCAGAUUAAGGCAAGCCAAGGGACUAUAAUGACAGAUUAGUGUUACUAAAAACUGUUCCAAAGGGAUGCUUCCCCAGGGGGAAUUCAUUAACCUAAAACAACAAGAUUUUACUAUUACUUCUAGAUAAUAUAAUGCUAUUUCCAGAUAAAGCCUAGUGCCAAAUUUGUCAUGGCUAAUUAGAUAAAAAACCAUUUCCCCUACUUUAUGUCAUUAAAAAGUCGCUAACACAGUGGCAGUGUUAGAUGAAGAUGCUGUCUACAAGGUAGAUAAUAUACUGUUUGAUACUCAAAACACUAUUCAUUUUGUUUAAAGUAGAAAGUACAUAACUGUAUUUUAAGAGUCUUUAAGAAGGGUUAAAAACAUUUUAAAAGGUCAAGAUGUAAAUGAUUCAAGUUUAGAGCUCUAUUUGACUUUUGAUUUGCUGUAAGUUGGAUGAUACUGUGAUUCUGGUAAGAUUCACGGUUGACAUAGUACAAAUUAUAUAGCUUAAAAAAAUAACAGCAUUGAUACCUAAUUUUGAGAAUGAAUGAACUUAAAUGUUUUCUAGUGUGUAAUAUCAAAAGGGAAACCACUAUAUUUGGGAAAGUGUAUCCACUGCUCUUAGGGCCACUUUUGUAUAAAUAUUUAAAUAAACUCAUUCAUUUGCC